AUGGUUUUAUAUGUAAUCCUGGUGCUGCUUGGAAUUCUGGGAAAUGCCUUGGUGAUUUUGGUAGUGGGGAAUAGUAUUAUCCGGGAGCCUGGAGGUGGACGCAACUCCGACAUGAUCCUGGUCAACAUGGCUUUAUCUAACCUGCUGGUGUCGGUGAUGAGGAACACCUUGCUGGUCACCUCAGACUUUGGACUUGAGGUGAUACUCAGUAAGGACUGGUGUCAGUUCCUGAUGGGCGUGUGGGUGUGGCUUCGUGCAGUCAAUGUUUGGUCAACGCUUUUUCUCAGUGCCUUCCAUUUCUAUACUCUGAAAAGGGUAGGACCUCCCAUCGCUAGUCUAAACCCAUCACGUGGUCCACCCAAAGCCCUACUAAUGUGCUUCGUUCUCAUUUGGGCUCUCAAUCUGCUCUACUCAGCCCCUGCGUUUGUGUACUCCACAAAUGGAGGCAAGAACGCCAGUGAGACCCUGAUGUUAGUGAGCAGUACAACCCGUCCAUUACUGGGCUGCUUGUGGGAUUUUCCUUCCACUUAUAGUGGGCUUGCAUUCGCCACCACUUCCAUGGUGAUCCAUGAGGUCAUCCCUAUCGUCCUCAUGAGCACCACCAACCUGGGCUCGCUCCUCAUACUAUACGCACAUGGAAAUGCACAUAAGGCUGCCAAAAGGAUUGAGGAUGGGCCCAUACUACGCAGGGUACCAGCAGAGAGACGUGCAGCCAAGGUUAUUCUUAGCUUGAUUAUUUUGUUCAUUAUUUCCUGGGGUGCCAGUGUCAUCUCUGUGAACUACUUUAACUACAACCGUGGUGCCUCAUCUGCACACAUGCUGGUUGUUGCACGAUUCUCCAACAGUGGCUUUAUUGCCUUCUCCCCGAUCAUACUGGCUGUAGGACACCGCAAAAUCAGAGAGGUCCUAAAGUCUAUCGUCAAGUAA